UGGUAAGCAAUAAAAGAAUAGAAUAGUUAGAUUAGAAGUCUUCUCUCUCCCUUUAAUUUCCUUCGUGCGUCAACCCUAGGCAACUACUUCGCGGUUGUGACGACCGCCUCGUAACAUCUGGUGCUCUCAUUGCGAUCUCAUGUCUACUCCAACCCCUACACCCAGCGAACAAGCGGCCAGCUCUGCCCUCACCAUGGAUGACCUCAUGCGAGCAAUACACAACUUGGGGAAGGAAUUGGAAACUACAAAAGCUCACCUUGCCAAGGAAUUAGAGGCCACCAAAGGCCGUAUGACAGAGAUUCUGGCGGCUGGGCAGCAACCCUUGCACGACGACGUACGGCGCCCUCCCCCUUACCGGCCACCGUUUGCUCCUUGGCGGCCACCUCCUUCUCACACAUCUCAAUCCCCGGCCACGGCCGAACCCAUACCUCGCAUGCGCAUCGACGCUCCCCGUUUCUAUGGCGAGGACCCGGUUGGGUGGGUUUUUCGUAUUCAAAAGUACUUCGAUUAUUUUCUCACACCGGAGGCCGAGCGUCUACACUUGGUGGCCAUGCUCAUCGACCACCCCGCGUCGGAAUGGUUUCGUUAUUAUCAGGCAAAUAACUGCAACGCUUCAUGGACGGCAUUCUUGGUUGCGGUCCGCCAAAGGUUCGAUCCCGAUUAUUAUGAAAACUAUAUUGGGUUGCUUUCCAAACUCCACCAAACUACCACUGUCAUGGAGUAUCAGUCUUCUUUCGAAACAAUCUUGAACAAAGUAUCCGGAGUGCCCGAACCAACCCUCGUCGCCAUGUAUGUUGCCGGUCUCAAGCAACCCGUCCAGCGGGAAGUAAAUCUCCGAACGCUAGGCACGUUACAGGAAGCUUUUGCCUUGGCGAGAGAAUUGGCGGCUAGCUAUCAAGACACACAUGCCGCGUCUGGAUCGUCGGGACGCCGUUUCUGGUCUGCCCCUAGGUCGGCCAGCGCCCCACCCACGGCAAAUCCUUCUGCAUCUUCUCCUAUUCCGUUGGUUCCACAUGCAACCAAACCACAAGACAACCGCCCUGUCAAUUCUUUACCUAUUGUGCGGCUGACCAACGCCGAAAAAGCGGAGCGCGGAAAAAAGGGGCUCUGUUGGUACUGCGAUGGAAAGUGGGGGCCGACUCAUCAGUGCAAGCACCGGUUCCUUGCUCUCAUGGGACCAGAUGAGGAGGACACUACAGCCGUCGAGGACCUUGCUGAUCACACCCUCACGGAUGACAUGGUGAUUACGGGUGAUAUCUCAAGUGUACGUCGGCAACGGGGAGUCUCUACGGUGUGCUUAUUCAUGUCCUCAAACCUCUAUCACUUUGCAAGGCCAUGUGUUUGACGUGGACCUC